AUGAGUUCGCGGACUCUUUUUGCCGACUAUGCCGGCCAAAAAUGCUAUACCUUGAUUGAAUCAGAUAUGGAGACAGAUGCGAUUCUGGAGUCACGUGAAGAUGCUGCGUUGCGUUUCUUGAACGGAGAGACUGUUGAUGAGACAGGUGCGCUGGAAUCGUUGCAAUUUGUAGUUACGUUUGUGUGCAAUGACGGACAAGAAACAUAUCGGGGCAAUUUUGAUAGCAGCAGUAGCGAGCCGUCAGGGAUUCUUCAGGGUCUGAAAAAAACGGUUUGGCUGCAAUGGCUUAACGAGGUGUUUUUACAAGGCGAGUUUGAUCCUGACUACGAGUUCAAGGUGCUGGACACAGAGAACAGCAAGAAGUUUACGGUUACUAAGGACUUUCGAGGGGUGCCUAGUCGAAUUCUGUUUGAGAUAGAAUGCUUUCUGACGAAAGGGGAUUUUUUCAAUCUUGGAGACGACAUAGCCGUCAAAUACGAGCAGGAACUAGUGCUUAGGCGACGGAUAAGACAGCUGAUGCUGAAAAACGAGCAGCUGCAACGCGAUUUCGACGAGUGUCAAAAAAUCAACGAACAACACGCUGCAGCUAACCAACGUGUCCAGGAUCGGAUCGAAAAGGUUGUGAUUCCUAUGUUCAAUGAGCAAAAACGGCUCUUGCGAGAGCAAAACGGGGUGCCUGAAUUUGAGCCGUUUGAAAGCAUCAAAAAGGAAAGUCUUAUUAACUGGCAGCGACCCGACGCUCCAGUGAAGUUUGACUACAAUGAAGAGCAUAAAGACAAAUACCGGCAAGAGAUAGAGCAGGUGUCACCGCGCAAACGUAAGCGAAAGACAGCUGCUCGUGAACCGACCCCGGAUGAUACCAGCGAAACUCAGGACGAUGACUCUACUAUUUCGACAGACUCAACCAAAUCGGAUAUGUGA